UUGUGCGUGUUUGCACUUAUUUAGUACUUCUAUUGAAAUGUUUUAUCUUGAAAGCAAGGAGACUGAACAAUUUUCCCCAUACUUUGUCUUCCGCUAGCUCAUUAUUAUACCGGUUCUUGUGUUUAUGUUUUGUGUAUGUAUGCCUAGUUUUAUUUCUGGAUGUAAUUUUAUUCCCGAUUUAAAUUACAAAUGAGGAAAAUUUGAAUUUACAGAAUCGGCCCAAUAGAAAGAAGGUCCUGAUGCUGCUGAGUUGUGUACUGCCAACUUCAAAGUGCCAUUAUGGAUGAAGAAACCCUAGAAGCUGCCAUUGCUACCUAUGGUGCCCAGCUGCAGCAGGUAGAGACAGCUCUGUCUGCUGGUCUGGACCCUUCCCAACAAGCCGAUCUUAUAAAACUAAAAGAUGACCUAUGUCAGCUGAUAGAACUCACAGAGGCCAGUUUAGUGUCUGUCAAAAAGAGUCAGCUCCUGGCCAGCCUUGAACAGCCACAGCUAUUUGCUCCAGAAACAGCCACAGACAGUGGACCUGAAAACAGCAAUUUGAACUCAGAGUUUGAUGCUUUUUACUCUGAACUGGGGGAAGGGAGUGGCUCUGGGAGUGGUGGUGUAGAUGAUGAAGACGAAAACACAGAAGUAGAUGAAGUCGAGGAAGAAGAUGAAGAGGAUGCACUUGGUGGCACUAAAGUAAGAGCUCCGUACAGGACAACGUGGGGAACACUGGAAUAUCAUAAUGCAAUGGUGGUGGGAGGAGAGCCUGCAGAUGGAGAAGAGACACAAGUGAGAGUGCUCUACCUUUACCCUACCCAGAAGUCUAUGAAACCUUGUCCCUUCUAUCUUGAGGACAAAUGUCGCUUCCCUGAUAACUGCAGGUUCUCUCAUGGUGAAGUGGUGUAUGUGUCAGAGCUCAGAGAGUUCAUGGAAUUUGAUCUUGGUCAUCUUGAAGAGGGCUCAUCCUGCCUGGCUCGACACGAGGACGGCAUCUGGUAUCCAGCAAAAAUCCAAGAAAUAAACAACGGAUUCUACACUGUAAAGUUUGACUCGCUGCUAAUUAAAGACACUGUGCUUGAGGCUGAUGCUGUCAUUCCACCUUUGAGAGAAGACGAUGCACUGUCCUCUGAUUCAGACCAAGAAUAUGAUGAGGAUGAUUUGGCCUACGCAAAAGUCAUGGAUGCUGCUGGAGAAUCAGCGAUUAUGGUAGAUACAUCUAAUUUUGGUGGAUGGGAGGCACAUACCAGAGGCAUUGGAUCCAAACUCAUGCUGAAAAUGGGUUAUGAAUAUGGGAAAGGGUUGGGGAAAAAGAAAGAAGGUCGAGUGGAGCCCGUCAUGGCAGUGGUGUUACCCAAAGGAAAGUCAUUGGAUGAGUGCGCUGACUUCACACAGAGACGCACCAAAGGCAAAGCCGCAAAGGACUCCCCGUUGACCGGACGGCCAAAGAAACGCAGAAAGCCUAGAGCUGCCAGGGGAGGGCAGAACAACGUCUUUGACUUCCUCAAUCACAAGCUGGGUGGUGGGGGCAACUGUCAUACUGAAGAGGGUGCUGCUGCAACAUCAACCGCAACUGGGGUGGAGGCCUACACCGGGGCUGGGAACACCAAGAAGAAUCUGAAUGUGAAGGUGUUCCAGGCUGCUCAAAGGGUUUCACAGACUGAGAAGGAGAUCCACAGACUGAGUGAGGCACUCAGGAGGCACACAGGAGGGGGCACUCCUAUAGUGAAGCAGCUGCAGGAGAAGCUGUCAGCAGCCCACAAGCUGCUGGCCCAUCAGAAAGCCCAGGAGCUGUCCAUCCAGAGGGAGCACAAGAAGGCAGACACUCACAGGAAGAUGACUGAGUUCUGAGCUAACAGUUAAUGGACUGGGAGACAAAUACUCCUCGUCUGCGUGCUGUGCUUGUUUUCAUGAUUUUUCUAUACCGUAUUUUAAGAUAUUUUGGACAUCAUCUGGGCUUUGCACCCCCCUGGUGCUGAAUACUGUUACCAAUAAUUUUUUGUGUUGCUUUUUCUUUUAAUGUUUAAUUGUACAGUACAUAAUUAUGUGUUCAAUUUUUUUUUUUAUUUGUAAUUAAAAAAAGUGGGCCACUCUGUAUAAUGCUGACUAAAACGUCUGGGUUUUUUUUUUUUUUUUUAAGCAAUAGAAAUAUUUCUUUGGGACCGGAUUGUUUUUAAAUUAUUCUUUGUCAUACGUCUUCUGGUGAAAGAUUUCAAUCACUCUUGUCAAGUGUUCGGUGUUUCCCCAGGGUUUAUGGCUUUCUGGUCAGGGUGUGUGAUACUUUAGAACACUCUCCUAAAUCCUAAUGGAAGGGGAAACACUGCGAUGACUUUGUAUUUGUAACCCAGAUGUAUAGUUUGUGCUAAAAAUGAUGGUGUGCUUAAAAAAAACCUCUGCUCUGAUGCUGAGUGCAGAAAACCUAGAUUCAAAAGUCAACUUAUUUUAAACCUACAACCUCUGGAGUUAGGAGACCUGAUCACAGUUUUGAAGUGUGUCUCUUUCUUUCGUCCACCGUCUUCCCUGCUUGUAUUGCUUGUCUUUAAAGCUACGGCUAUAACCUCUUUAUUAAAUCAUG